AUGGAAGCCAAUUAUGAACAGGAUUUUACUAUUCUUCCGGGUCUGGGACAGCGCACCACUGAUCUGGUUAUCUUCGAAGACGGUGAAAAGGCUGGGGUGAAGACCUGCAUUCUGAUGUCGCCUACAAUCUACGGCAUUGGGACCGGUCUAUUCAACCGAACCUCGAUCCAGAUCAACAGUCUCAUACGCGCAGCCCAGCGGGGUGGAUUCACGCCUGUCAUUGGGAAAGGAGAUGCAGAGUGGGACCAUGUUCAUAUAGAGGACUUGGCUGGUUUGUAUGAGCUCAUUUUGGCGAGAAUUCUGAAUGGGGAUGAUUUGCCGUCUGGUGCAAGGGGUGUUUAUUUCAACGAGACGGGCCACCAUAGCUGGAGAGAAGUGUCGGAACGGAUUGCAAAGGCAGGAAAAGAAACAGGGUUUCUGGUUUCAGAGGAAAUAAGAGAAAUUGGGUUGGAGGAAGGCGGAAGGGUUCUUCAGAAGCCAUUGGAUGUUGUGGAACUAGGAUUUGCCUCCAAUUCUAGAACAAGGGCAGACCGUGCUCGUGAAAUCGGCUGGGCACCGCAAAUCCAUCGAGAGAGCGGGAUCCCAGAUUCGGGUCCACCAGUGGAUGCGGAUGCGGUAAGUCUCGCCAUGCGACUGAUUGUUUGCCACUAA